AGAUUAGGACGCUCCCUUUGAUAUUUACGGUGAGAAGAUCGCAAUGUACAGAGGGGAUAAACGAUUGUAGAAAGAAGGUAAAGAUGUUUGAGUUAUAUGGUAUGAACAAAGGAGGUAUGGUUUAUCGGUCUCCGCCACCAAGGAGAAAAGAAGUUGACAUAUUAGAGACUUGUUUGCAACUAUCGUCUCCUGAGUUGAUGAGAAAAUUGCCAAACGGUGACGCAGUACACCAUACAAAGGACUCAGUUGUUUCCACUUCCUUCAAUAAAAAUAAAGAUCUACCAAGGGAAAGCAGACAGAACGUAUUAAAAAAAUGGAUAGUGAUGAUUGGUUUCUUCUUCCUUGGAUGUGCUUUGGUCGCUGGUGUCGGACUACCCUUAGCUUUAGAAUUACGAAGCUCGCAUUUAUUAGAAGCUAGGCUUCAAGUUGUACGACGAAUGCUCUCCGAAGUACCAUUAAUCGAUGGGCACAAUGAUUUCGCAUGGAAUCUCCGGAAACAUCGGGGGAGCACAAAAUUAAAAGAUUUCCCUUUUGACGAGGACUUGUCGCGAAAUAUAAGUUGGGGCUCUCAGUGGCAAACUGAUUUGGUGCGGUUACGACAAGGUAUCGUGGGCGGGCAAUUCUGGUCCGUUUACGUUCCGUGUGAGGCGCAAUUUCUUGAUGCGGUGCAGCUCACCCUGGAACAGAUAGACGUAGUUCGUAGGCUUGCCACAAAAUAUCCAAAGAAAAUAAGAAUGGUAAUGAACAGCAGGGAGCUUGAAAAAGCGCAUAAAGAUGGCGUGAUUGGGAGUUUAGUAGGAAUCGAGGGUGGUCACAGUAUCGGGACAUCCAUGGCUGUGCUGAGAAGUUUUUAUCAAUUAGGUGCUCGAUACAUGACCCUGACACAUAAAUGCAACACUCCAUGGGCAGAUUCUUGUUCGGUAGAAGAUUCAAAUUCAGACGCACGAUUGGAUUUUCAUAGCGAUGGAUUAUCGGCAUUUGGCAAAGCGGUGGUGAAAGAAUUGAAUCGAUUAGGAAUGCUUGUAGAUUUAUCUCAUGUUUCGAUAAGAACUAUGAGGGAUGCAUUGGCGAUAAGUAAAGCGCCAGUAAUAUUUUCUCAUAGCGCAGCCAGAGCUCUCUGCAAUUCGUCCAGUAAUGUUCCAGACGAUGUACUCCGUAAUUUGUCGGUGAAUGGAGGUCUAGUGAUGGUGAGUUUUGACAGCGCGCAUUUAAGCUGCGGCGAUAAAGCUUCUAUGUAUGAUAUAAUAGCUCACAUCAAUCACAUAAGGGAAAUAGCUAGCGUUAAUCACGUGGGUCUUGGAGCUGGUUACGAUGGUAUAUCAAAUCCGCCGGUUGAAUUACCGGAUGUUUCCGGUUAUCCUUUGCUACUGGCUGAAUUGACCAGAAACCGAAGAUGGUCAGCUCUAGAUAUCAAGAAAUUGGUUGGCGGAAAUUUAUUAAGGGUGCUGAAAGAAGUGGAGAAUUAUGCAGCAUUAAUGUCGCAUCAAUCUCCGACGGAAGAAUUGAUCCCUCAAGAAUUGAUAGAGGACACUGCCUACUGUAGAUAUCAUGACGCCUAAAAAUAUUUCAAGAAUAUCGGUAAUCAUCAAUCUUUGAUUCAUCAAACAUCAAAUCGCCUGUUCCUUAUCGUUUUCUCUCUUUGUACCUGGAUUACUCUGUUUUACAUAUUUUAAUAAAGCAGGCACGGAUCAUCCGAA